AUGGCGGACAAGCCCGCCACGCCCCAGCGCGAUGACAUGGCCGCCGUCGCACUCGACACCGUCUUACUCGACGAAGAGCCUACAGCAGAUCAGGUCCUUACUGCAGUCCUCGUGCUCAUGGACUUCGUGGCAUACGCCGGCGCCGCCGCUAUGCUCUGGAUCAACCGUGAAUUUCUGAUGCUGCACGGCACCAACGCUGUCACCCUCCCAAUCGCCACCGCCAUCUUUGUCGUCACCAUCAAUUUUGUCCGCGGCCUGCUCAUCGCCGCCCGCUUUCUCACAGCCUACGCAUGCAAAGGUUUGAACGACAACUCGCUUGAGACAGAGGAAGAUGUUGCCGCCAUCGCCGCUCAGCUAGCCGCCGCCGGCUUCGAUGAGAUCGAGCACUCCUCUGGCGUCGCCAUCCGUCGCCCUUCCGAGGAUUGCACCGAACCUUCGUGGCUCAUCGAGGCCGAGCGCAUCCUCUUCGAGACAUCCGCAUUCGCGUCAAAUCUUGAGGGUUCUGCCUUCGAGCGGGCCGAUGACGUCCCGGAUAUCGCCGCGGAUCACGUGUCCCUGCUCGGCUCCACAUCGCCGUCACCAUCUACCCCGCCCGACAAGAGGCGCGAGACGAGCGACGUCAACUGCACCGCCGAGCUCGUCACCAGUGGCGUCUGUGACAUCUCCGGGCCGCCACCUCGCGUCAGCACCGAGUGGUCUGUCCCGAGCCUACACGGAGUCCUCUGGAUUUUCACCGUCCUGCUCGUCGUCGCCACCAUCCCUUUCGCCGUCGCCGUUUCUGGACCGGUCCCUGCGAGCAUGCCGCUGCCCGACGCCAUCUCCAUCGACGUGCCGCUGCCCGACAUCAUCUCCAUCCACGGCGCCUGCCAUUUGGCGCUCACCGGCCCCUCUGCAUCAGCACGGCCUCCAGGAAGGCCGCCAGGAAACCAGCCGUCCAUCAACAACUUCAUCGCCGGCGCCGAGACACGGCGCAACUCAACUUCAAAUUCAACUUCAAAUUCAAAUCUCCCACCCUGCCCCAGCCCAAAACAAAGGCGUCGCGAUCUACGGUACAUCCCCGACGCCUUCAGCAUCGGUCCUGGGGGGGGCGUCUGA